AUGAAGCUCUCCAUUCUCACCUUUCUCACACUUGUAGCCGUCACCGCGGCUAUCCCCGUCGAGGAUCCUACCACCUCCACGCUGAAGUCGAAGGUGGAGGAGAUCGCAGGCAAGGUCCAGGGAGUGGAGGACCAGGGAACAGCCACAGAUCCGUCCCAUUGCAUUGGAACCAGUCUGUGCUGUGGUUCCCUGACCACUCCCCUGGACCCCAUUUUGGACCCUAUUCUGCUUGGUCUUGGCAUCAAUGCUGCCCAGGUUGUUGGUUCCGUUGGACUGCUCUGUCACCCAUGGACAGAAGAAUGCUCCUCUGCUCCUCAAUGCUGCACGGAGGCCAACCUCUUGGGUGGUACCCUCGCUCUCGGCUGCUCUAAGCUCUAG